AGAGAUCAUCUGUAUCCCGUUACGGCGUGUGUGCGCUUUGGUCUUUUGUUUACCUUGGCUUUAAGCCAACACUCGGGUAGCAAAACACCGAUUCAAAGGUUAGCCUCAGCGAAUAGAGUUUUUUUCUCUGAAAGGAUACAGAAGGAAAGAUGUGAACAAAGACAUCCCCCGGAGACAAGCGGCGGUGGAUGCGAGGAUACAGCCCCGACAAAAGCUGUGAUGCAGAGCUAAUGAGAGUUGGCAGCGACGCGCGAGCUAAUUACCGUGUGAUAGCGGUACGCCCGGCGGGCACACGGCGGCGGCCUGCCCGCGGAUGCCGACUGACGUGCGCCGGGACUCGGAGCCAAUCGGCGGCGGGGGAACAAUCGCGCCGUCGCCGUCGCACCUGGAGAUUCCCACGGCACCGCCAGCCUGUGACGUGUGAAAAAGAAAAGGUGGGUGACGGGAAUUUGUAGGGGUGUCAGGUAAUUUUUUUGUCACGAUGAACUUUUUAGAUGGAGCUAAUCACACAAAACAAGAUAUGCAAAGUUGCGUAGUCUUUAGAAACACUUAUGCUGCUUUGUGAUCUUAGACAUUCAAUAUCUUAGAGUUGGCAAAGUUUAUCUUAAGACACUGUUGUCAUCUCUCGACACCUAUCCUUGGUGAUGGUUUGCUCCAAAAAUCGCGGAUAUGAGUAAGAAAUGUGACCCAAGUCCUGACGUAACGCCGAGUCAGGAAGCCAAGUGUGUGGAUAGCGAGACCCCGACACAGACGACUGGUUACCCGAGCACGAUCGGAACGCCACUCCGCCGACUCGCCAUCACCUACCCCCGGGACACAGCCGCGCCGACCCCCGCCGAAACUAUGGUAGACGCUCCGGUGACUUCAGUGGAGGGACGACUCACCCCUCCGAUUUCAACCUCUGCGAUAUCAGAAACCGCGGCAGUGGUGACGGUGUCGCCGCCGCGCCUGACCAACUCGACCCGCGGGAAACCUGACAUCCCCUGCCGCAUCUGUGGGGACCGCAGCUCGGGGAAACACUACGGGGUCUACAGCUGCGACGGCUGCAGAGGCUUCUUCAAACGGAGCAUCCGCCGAAACCUUGCGUACAUCUGUAAGGAGAACGGCUCCUGUGUGGUGGACGUGGCCAGACGGAACCAGUGCCAGGCCUGCCGCUUCAAGAAAUGUCUGGACGCGCAGAUGAACAAGGACGGUAGGACGGCAGCACACUUCAUUCAUGCGGUGCAGCACGAGCGCGCUCCCCGAUGUUACCAGUACCGGCGGGACGACUCGGACCGAGCCAGCCCGCCCAGCCCGCCUAAAGUCGAGCACAGGAUGACUCCUGGGGACAACAGAGACGUCACUCCCAUCAAGGUCCCAGCCACCAGACCGUUCCUUGUGACGUAUGACCAAUCAGGACUGCUGGACGGCAGAGCCUUCAGUCACCAUCUGAUGACGCAGUCAAGUCACGUGACAAUGCCUGGAGAGACCCAUCAGUUAUUAGACGCCAUUUUGCAGGCCGACAAGCGGAUACCCGUUCAGGGUCUUCAUCAGGAUAGUGACGGCAAAGACGGAAAAACUUCAAAGAUGCCCACAGAGCACGCGCAGUUCCCCUUCCCGGGUGCUGCGGACAACAUGUACGAAACCGCGGCCCGCCUGCUCUUCAUCGUCGUCAAGUGGGCACGGAAUAUCCCGUCAUUCCUACAACUUCCGUUCCGCGAUCAGGCUAUCCUAUUGGAGGAGGCGUGGAACGAGUUGUUCGUCCUGAGCGCCGCGCAGUGGGCCAUGCCGAUCGACCCAGGUUCCCUCCUUACGGCAGCCACCAGCAGUCCGGCGUCAGCUGAUCGCGUCAUCCAGUCGUCAGAGCAGUCCUCACUCCUGAUGGCUGACAUCCGGGGUCUUCGGGACGUGACGUCACGCUUUCAGGAGGCACAGGUCGACCCGACGGAGUACGCAUGUCUGAAGGCAAUCGUGCUUUUUAAGUCAGACGCCCGUGGGUUAAGAGACGCGGGACAAGUCCAGGCGGUUCAGGACCAGGCGCAGAUCAUGUUGGGGGAGUACAUCGCCUCAAAAAAUUCCGAAGACAAGGUGCGGUUUGGCCGGCUGCUGCUGCUCCUGCCUGCGCUGCGGGGAGUCCGUGCCCGCGGCCUGGAGGAGCUGUUCUUCCGCCCCACCAUCGGCAACAUCCCCAUCGAGCGGCUCCUGUGCGACAUGUUCAAGUCGAGCUAACCGUCACGCCCGCAACGGCACAACCAAUGACUGAUCUCCAAGUACAUGUCGACUGGUUCUGACUUGCGUUGCAGGUAAUCUCCAAGCAGAUCCUACGGUAGAACAAGAUAGUAUCAAAAGCUGGCGAAGGAGUGAAGCCGAACUAGGAGUGUGUAUGCUGCCCGUCUAACUCCCUAUGCCGGCUAUACUCCUUGGCCAGCUUUGAUACUAUCUUAUGUCACUGUUGGAUCUGCUUGGAGAUUACGUUGCGGUGUUUUGCUUGUCUUUCGGUCGCAGUGUGCAUAUUUUCAUGUUUGACUCGCCCUGUGGCACGCGGGAAAACGCACGCCACUAGAAAUUCGUACGGAAUGCCGGUUGAU